GAUCCAGUAUCUACAUGUGGACACCUGUGAGGUUGCUGUCUUGAGCAACAGGAAAGGAACAUCUCGCUCUUUAUGCUAUUAUCAGUCCUGGAGUUCCUCUUAAUGCUACAGUUUCUGCCGCCUCUGCUAUCAUAUGUUCGACGGUGAAUAUCCUCCUCCUCGCCGCUUUCGCCCAACUUUGUUAUGUAGCCGUCGGUCGGCUCUGUCAGCGGUCGCAAAACCAAAACUCAGCAGGUGCUAUAUAAAACGCUUCCUACCUGCUGAGACAAGUUCCCGUUUGUUGCUUGCAAAGAGAAAUUUAUUGCCUGUAGCUGUAGUUGAGUGAGUUUGCAAGACGAGUGGUGAGUGCCUGCGAUCAUUACUGAUUGCUGUGUUAGUGAAUAUUUUUGGCGGCUGGACUUGACAUACUGAAGAAAAGAGUUGGUAAAGUCCGGCUUCUUAAUUUGCCGCGAAGAGCGGAAGUUGUAGCAGAAGACGACGUGGAUUGUGCUUCGUGGCAGUGCUGCUUUCAGCUACUCGUUUAGUUCUGCUCACGUAUAUUUCGCACAGGGGUGAUUUAACUUGACUGACAAUCGUAUAUGCAGGCAGGCAGGCAGGCAGAUAUACAUAGCCGUAACGAGGAAGAGGUGAAGCUCACGAACGCUACACACAUCUAAAUGCCGGUAGUGGCAUUGUAUGAUCUGUGCAUUGACAGUUAGCUAUAGGAGAAAUCUAUUAACGGAGGCUCGGUGCAGAUACAGGUGAUCUACUAAUUCGUAGAUAUUUAACUUUCCGUGAAGUGUGGUGAACUAUUAACUAGAAAGCCAAAGUUGUAGGUUUUAUUUAUUUAUUUAUUUCACAUUCGCAUCGGCUCAUCAGAGUUUGGACGAGAUGAACAGAAAGCGACCCGUGUGCGAAGAGUUGGUAAAGGAACGCUCUAAGGCAACUUUCAACACCCAGGAGCUAACUUAUCUACUUGAUGGCGGAAAGGAGAAAACUCAACGUAGGAAAGAGCUUGAAAAACUUUUUCAUGAUGACCCACAAUUCCACGAUCAAGUUCCAUCGGUUUAUCUCUCACACGAAGAGGCGUACGAAAAUGCGCUUAGUAAAACACUGAAAAUCUACCAAAAGGCGCUCGAUCUAUCUGACCCUCGCGAGAUCUUGACGGUGGCAGAUGCUAUUUUGCACGAUGCGACACCAGUUCACGUUCACUUCGUUAUGUUCGUGCCCGCUCUUAUGGGCCACGCCUCCGAAGAGCAGCAGGCUCGCUGGUUACCGGACGCACUCACUAUGAGAAUCAUUGGCUCAUACGCGCAAACUGAACUGGGUCAUGGAACAUUUAUUCGUGGUUUGGAAACGACCGCUACUUACGAUGAAGAGACACAAGAGUUCGUCCUGGAGACGCCUAAACUGUCUUCAAUAAAGUGGUGGCCAGGAAGCCUCGGUAAAACGGCAAACCACGCGGUUGUCAUGGCUAAGUUGUACACCAAAGGGGAAGGUCAUGGAAUUCAUCCGUUUAUGGUGCAGCUCCGAAAUUUAGAAACUCACGAACCGUUGCCAGGUAUCAACGUUGGAGAGAUUGGACCCAAGAUGGGUCUGCGUUCAGCCGACAACGGGUUCCUUAAGCUCGAUAAGGUACGUAUUCCCCGUGAAAACAUGUUGAUGAAAAACGCGCAGAUCUCCCCUGACGGCACUUAUCACAAGCCGGCUUCGGAUAAGCUUAAUUACGGUACAAUGGUAUUCGUACGAGUCCUUCUGCUCGAUAUGCUUGCGUUCAACAUUUCAAGGGCUGUCACGAUUGCUACACGAUACUCCGCUGUCCGUAGACAAUCAGAAAUUGUUGCUGGAGCUGGUGAGACACAGAUCCUCGACUACCAAGCACAACGUUAUAAGUUGUUCCCUCUGAUCGCAUUGUCUCAUGUACUUCGCGGCAUGUUCGCCAUUCUUAUGGAGAUGUAUAAACAAGCCAAUACCGAUCUUGAGCGUGGAGUCCUCGACACGCUUCCUGAAUUGCACGCUAUCUCAUCUGGACUCAAGGCACUUUGCUCAGACAUGGCUUCGAGGGGCAUUGAGACCUGCCGACUGGCGUGCGGCGGACAUGGCUACCUUCUGGUCUCUGGCCUUCCUCGUCUAUAUGCAACGACCGUUGCAGCUUGUACCUAUGAGGGUGAAAACACCGUCCUUUAUUUGCAAACUUCGAGGUUCCUUCUGAAGUGCCUCACGGGACAGCAUAAGCUUGGAGAUUCUUCGCAGCUCAAAUUCCUGUUAGAUCCAAAUGCGCCUUCGGUUACUCGUUUCAACACCGAGCUUUAUGGUCUUGACGGAGCCUCGCAUCUCGUUCAGUUCUAUGCUGCUGCUGCUUAUCGAGAGCUACGCUCUGUCGAUACCAAACUGAAGAGACUACAGGAAACAGACAGUCUAUCUGCUGAUAACGCAUGGAAUUCGUCGCAGGUCGAUCUAUGUCGCGCAGCACAAGCAUGCAUCCAGUAUUACCUCGCUAAAAACUACGUACAGUGGGUCUCACGCAGCCAGGUCACACCUGAACUCCGGCUUGUACUUGCUCAACUUGCCCAGCUGUAUCUUCUUCACGGUAUCUAUGAGCACCAUGGACGCUUUUUACAAGUAGGCCUUUCUGCAGAAGAUCUGACAGCAAUCUCAUCGUUGAUAACGCGUCUUCUGGACGAUCUUCGUCCAAAUGCUGUGCCCUUGGUCGAUUCAUUCGAUCUUCAUGACAUGGUCCUUGCCUCAGCUCUGGGAUCAUACGAUGGACAAGUUUACGAAAGAAUGUACGAAUGCGCUCUUCAGGCGCCGCUAAACAGUAAACAAGUUGUAGACGCCUAUGGAAAGUACCUUGAACCGCUAUUUAAGAACAAGCUUUGAGCGCAUAAUGUAGCUAAAUUUGUACCGCGUUGAGACUACAUCAAGAGAAGGACUUCAAGAAAUAAACUGUUCCAGAAAGAAGCCCUAUAUAGGAAGUGCGUCAUUAGCAUUUUGAAUCGAAGAUAGCCAUUUUAAACCGUCAGGUUGAAACCAUUACCACCCUAAUUUGAAACAUGACGUAUUGAAAUUUAAAUAUAGAAUUUCCUAAUGUCCAAAACUACAAUGAAAGGUCUCAAAUGGUCUCUCAGAUGGGUCGCUAAUGCACAUGAAGUUAGGCUGAUCAAUUAUUGUACUGCGUUUUCAACAGUCUAAAUAGACAAACUUGUACUUGAAACCUUCGCUCCCGACAGCAGAAUGUUACGCUUCAAUAUAAUCCACCUAUUUCUUAAGGACAAUCUUAAUACUGCUGUAUUAGGAAACAAUGUGGCAAGAGAAACAUUAGUAUACUGAAGAAUCUGGAGUUUUGCCUAUGAGCAUACGUAGCUUGAGUCGAGGCUUCCGUAUUGUGGUAUCGGUACAUCUUCUGAUUUAUGUAAUGAUCUACUCAUACACAUCGUAUUUAUAAAAUAUUACGCUAAUUAAAGACAACUAAAACUUAAGUUCACAUUUUUAUUCUUUGAAAUGCCAUUGAUCGUAGAAGCAAACAGGUACUAAGAGACCGGGUAGUAAUAUAUUGGCCAAAGUCACUGAUGAUCGAUAUCCGGGAUAAACAGUGUUCUAGAAUAGACAAAUUGAAACCGCAAUUACUAAAAAAAACUUUCUAUCAGUGUCAAUUGAGAAGGAGUACUGGUUUGUACGGCAUGUUGAAACGGAACAUUUGUAAUUGUACGUGCAAGUAAAAACAAAUGCCAGAGCCAUAAUUCUGGACCGGUAGGUAUGCCAAUAAAACGUGAACAAAAAUCAAAAUGGCUGCACACAGUUAUGUCUAAGAAAGUAUAAUACAACCAACAACUGUGCAUUGUUAUUAGAUGUGGGGAUGCGAUGGUCCCUAAUACUGCUGAUUUAAUUUCCUAUGUGUACAUGAACAUCAAUAAAGAAAAAUAUAUUUUUGUUUUCCAAAAGUGGAA